AUGGACCUCACCGGCGACGGCGGAGGGAACUCUCUGUCGGCGGGCCCCGACGCAACGAAGCGCAAAGUCUGCUACUUUUACGAUCCCGAGGUGGGCAACUACUACUACGGCCAAGGCCACCCAAUGAAACCCCAUCGGAUCCGGAUGACCCACGCUCUCUUGGCCCAUUACGGCCUUCUCCACUCCAUGCAGGUCUUCAAGCCCAACCCGGCACGUGACCGUGAUCUCUGCCGUUUCCAUGCCGACGAUUAUGUCUCCUUCCUCCGAUCGAUCACUCCCGAGACCCAACAAGAUCAGAUGAGGGCUUUGAAGAGGUUCAAUGUUGGUGAAGAUUGUCCUGUGUUUGAUGGGCUUUAUAAUUUUUGUCAGACUUAUGCUGGGGGCUCUAUGGGUGGAGCUGUGAAGCUCAAUCAUGGGCAUGAUAUCGCGAUUAAUUGGGCUGGAGGGUUGCAUCAUGCGAAGAAGUGUGAGGCAUCAGGGUUUUGUUAUGUGAAUGAUAUUGUUCUUGCGAUUUUGGAGUUGCUUAAGCAGCAUGAGCGUGUUCUAUAUGUUGACAUUGAUAUCCACCAUGGAGACGGUGUUGAGGAGGCCUUCUACACAACUGACAGAGUAAUGACAGUUUCAUUUCACAAAUUUGGAGAUUAUUUUCCUGGGACAGGAGAUAUUCGGGACGUUGGACACGGAAAUGGAAAAUACUACUCUCUGAAUGUUCCCCUAGAUGAUGGCAUCGAUGACGAGAGCUAUCAUUCUCUAUUUAAACCUAUCAUGGGUAAAGUGAUGGAAGUUUUCAGGCCUGGUGCUGUGGUCCUUCAAUGUGGUGCAGACUCUUUAUCUGGUGAUCGGCUGGGUUGUUUUAACCUUUCCAUUAGAGGACAUGCAGAGUGUGUGAAGUAUAUGAGAUCUUUUAAUGUACCACUUUUACUACUAGGUGGAGGCGGAUAUACAAUCCGGAAUGUUGCUCGUUGCUGGUGCUAUGAGACAGGAGUUGCUCUUGGUGUUGAGGUUGAAGACAAAAUGCCUCCACAUGAGUAUUAUGAGUAUUUUGGUCCAGAUUACACACUUCAUGUUGCACCAAGUAACAUGGAGAACAAAAAUACACGCCAAGUUCUGGAGGAUAUAAGGGCAAAACUUUUAGACAAUCUCUCCCAACUUCGACAUGCGCCGAGUGUCCAGUUUCAAGAACGACCUCCUGAUACUGAGUUUGCUGAGCCUGAUGAAGAUCUAGAGGAUCCAGAUGAAAGACAUGAUUCCGAUUCUGAUAUGGAAGAGGAUUAUCCUAAGAGCUGCAGGCCUACUGCUAACAGCAUUCAGAAUGUAAGAAUAAAGAGGGAAAAUCUUGAAAAAGAGGAAAUUCAUAAAGCGACUCCAGAGCACGUCAAAGGCACAGAGCCGAUGAAUGAGGACUCCUGUUUCACUUUCAAGCCCUCAGAUGUAGGUCCUAUGUCAGUUGAUGAACCAAGCAAUGUAAAGGUUGAACAAGAUAGCCAGAACAAGUUGCCUGAUGGUCCUGUUGCAAUGCACCAAAAGCCAUAAUCCUGCAUCGAAUUAUCUAUGCACUUGUUUUGUUAGUGGCCGGCAAGUCUGCGUUUCACUUCUCAUUCUUCAUCCGUUGUAAAUGUAAUGUUUUUAUAAAUUUUUGAUUAUUAAGUGUAGGAUUGCUGUAACAAGGGUAACUAAUUGUAAUAUUUUGUUUGUAUCAUCAGCUCAUCACAUUAAAACCUGCUCGGAACUAUGAUCUGAAAGUAGUGUUAAUACUUUGCCAAGGACAAAUUUCUAAAAAAAUGUUCUUAUUUCAGCAGAAGA